AUGGCCGAGAACACUAAGCUCUUCACCCCCCUCCAGGUGGGCUCGACACAGCUUGAGCACCGCGUCGUCAUGGCACCGCUCACCCGGUUCCGUGCCACUCGGGAGCAUGUUCCUACCGAUGUCAUGGCCCAAUAUUACGCCCAGCGCGCCGUCGUCCCCGGCACUCUCAUCCUCUCAGAAGCCACCUUUAUCACCGCCAAGGCCGGUGGUUACAGCCAUAUUCCCGGCCUGUGGUCGGAGGAGCAACUUGCAGCGUGGAAGAAGGUCACUGACGGUGUCCACGCAAAGGGUAGCAAGAUGUACGUGCAGUUGUGGCACCUGGGACGCGCCGCCUGGCCCGACCCGGUGGCCAGCGGUGGUGCCGUCCGCGACGAGGACGACUUUGAUUUCGAGCACGACUUUGUCAGCUCGAGCGACGUUGUCAUGGCCGACGGUCUGCCCGCGCCCCGCCCGCUGACCGAGGAGGAGAUUUGGUCCACCAUCGGCGACUAUGCCACCGCGGCCCGCAAUGCCGUGGAAAAGGCCGGCUUUGACGGUGUUGAGAUCCACGCUGCCCACGGCUACCUCAUCGACCAGUUUACCCAGGACACGGCCAACCGCCGAGAGGAUGCAUGGGGUGGCAGCAUCGAGAAACGUUCCCGCUUCGCCAUCGAGGUUUCAAAGGCCGUCAUCAAGGCCGUCGGCGCUGACAAGGUCGGCAUCCGCCUCAGCCCCUGGAGCACGUGGCAGGGUAUGCGCAUGGCCGACCCCAUCCCGCAAUUCUCCUACCUCAUCAAGCAGCUGCGCCAGCUCGACCUUUCAUACCUUCACAUCGUCGAGCCCCGAGUUCACGGUGUCAUGGACCUGGACCCCAAGAACGAGUCCCUGGACUUUGCCCUGGAGAGCUGGGGCCGCGAGAAGGCCCUCUUUGUUGCCGGCGGAUUCACGACCGAGCUGGCCAAGCAGGCCGUGGAGGAGAAGUACCGCGACCAUCCCGUCGCCGUUGUGUUUGGUCGUCGCUUCAUCUCGACGCCGGAUCUUGUAUACCGCGUCAAGAAGGGUCUACCCUUCAACGAUUACGACAGAAUGACAUUUUACAUCAACCAGAGAAUCGGCCACAAGGUUGAGCCUGGUUACAUUGACUACCCCUACUCUGAGGAGUAUAUCAAGGAGUUUGGCAAGCCUGAUGUUGCGCUAUAG